AUGUUGAGCUAUAUAAAUGUGAACUGGUUCUCACUUCCAGCCCAAGCCUACUGUGAGCUUGGUAUUAUUGAGUUUGAGAUGAACAAUACUGAUAAAGCCAUUGAUUUGCUUAACAAAUGUAUUAAUGACUAUACGGGGUAUAUGAACGAGAAUUAUGUGCAUGUUAAAGCAUUUGCAACACUCAGACGACUGGGUCUUUACACUGAGAAACAGGGCAUUGAUGACCAGAAAUUAAUAUAA